AUCACGUGACCCCUAUAACAACAAGAGACGCGAGCUUCGCGUAGCCCCACUUCACCGAAAGGACAACUGUGGAGCCACACAUAUGAGCGCUUGUGAGUGGAGCAGAGGGACCUCUCUCGGACAUUUCAAUCAAUUAAAGUGUGGACAUAAGGGACGGAGAUGGAGCAGCAAAGACCGCGAGAAUUUGCGCGCCGCCACUAGUAGCGCGCACGGUCGCUACUCGCUCGGUUGCGUCCGCGGUGUUGCUGCUGUUGGCCAACUUUUGUGCAUCUCUUACCUGGCCGCCCGAUCGGGGAGAGUGCGCGUGCAAAGCGCAUCCUCAUCGUCAUCUUCAUCAUAGGACGGCAGCCUUGCAUGUGGAAGCUCAGUGAGCAGCAGCCAGUUGACGGUCCCAUUCUUAAAAAGUGCCCGAUGUCCGCGCACAGGAUGAUGUUCAUCGGACUCCUGCUUCAGGUCUUCUCCCACGGUAGCACGCCGGUGUCGGCGUCCUUAGACUGUCUGCUGGCCGAGCAGGGUUGCAUCCAGGAGCAGUCCUGCAAUGUUCUCUACCGCGUUUUGGAAUACUGCUCGGCUGAGGAGGCGGUGUCGCCGCUCGGCCCGGACGCCCGCACCGAAUGCCUGGAGGCUCAAAACUCCUUGCAGCGCUAUCGCCCCCUUCAAGUGUGCAAAUGUCAGCGUGGAUCUCGAAGGGAGGAACACUGCCUCAGGAUCUACUGGACUGUGAGGUUUGGAGCAUAUGAUGAGUAUGAAGUGUCCCCUUAUGAAGAACUGGAGUUCAGCCUGGUGAGAAACAUUGAAAUGUCACACAUGGCCUCCAUCAUGGCAGCUUCCUCUGUGUUUGUAGAUGGUCACAAUCAGUGUCUCAAGGCAGCCCAGGAUUGCGGCCUGUUUGAGAAAUGCGGCUCACUGCGCUCCGAGUACGUAGUGGCGUGCACCAAGCGAGCGGCAGCCUCUGACAACAGUUGCAACCGUCAGAAAUGUCACCGAGCCCUGCGGCGCUUCCUGGAGCGCGUCCCGGAGGAGUACAGCUUCGCCCUGCUCUUCUGCCCUUGCUCCGAUACCCUGUGCGGGGAACGCCGCAGGAAAACCAUCGUUCCAUCUUGUUCCUACGAGGAGAACACCAAGGGGGAAGAUCGAGGGGGGAAGCCCAAUUGCCUCAGUCUGCAGAACUACUGCUCCAGGGACGAGUUGUGUCGAUCCCGCUUUGCUGAUUUCCAACACAACUGUCAGCCAGCUCCUCUGUCUGCUUCUGGCUGCAUGCGAGAAAGCAGAGCUAUGUGCCUCAAGGCCUACGCCGGACUCAUAGGCACCAUUAUGACUCCCAACUAUGUGAGCAACAGCAGUACAGAAGUGUCCCAGUGGUGCACGUGUGACGGCAGCGGCAACGAAUGGCAGGGCUGUCAGCGCAUCCUGCACAUGUUCAAAAACAACAUUUGUCUGCGUGCUGCUAUCAGCUCCAUGGGAAUUUCCGUGGCACCCCCCACUGAGACCAGUCCUGUUCCAGCUCCCGAGCCCUCCCCAAGAGUCCGCGACGAGAAGGUUCACGCCGGCAACUCUCUGCCGGAAUUUACCACUAUUGAGACCAGUGAGGAAGUGGUGCAAGAGGAGGUUAAGAGUGAGGAAUUUAACAUCAUCCCGCCAUAUUCUGAGAAAGACUCCAACACUGAGUCAAGGGCCACAGAGAGGCAGCGAGGAGCUGCCAAUUCAGUGGUGCCCGUCUUUCCACUCUUGUUGCUGUCUCUACUCAUCCUGGACUGGGACUGUGGGAGCAUCUAAAAUGUGCAUCUUCUUCUCAUUUUUCUGUCAUUUCCAAAUUCAAAACCCAUGCCAACGCCCCGAGAGAAGUUGCCAGAAUGAACUGCAAAAGCUUUCAUUGAAAAAGAGAAAACUCCUGUUCCUUUUAAGAGUUAAAAGAUAUCAGUAGUGCAGCAGGAUCUGUGUCUUAGCUCCAGAGCAGAUAGUGCAUGGCUGAACUGAGAAGUGCUGCUUGGGCAAACAGUCCAUCCAGAGCCUGCUUCGCACUCAAAAGUACAUCCCCUCUUUUAACAAGAAGCACAUUGCCAAAGGCCACACUCAAUGUACGUGCUCUCCAAGACAAAAUGGCAGAAGCAGCCUGCUCUAGCGCAUCCAGGGCAGCCGCAUUUCUUAUCCGCUCCCCCUGUCGGCUCUUCCUCUUCACACGAUGCUCUCAUUAAGUUCGAUCACUUUAUCAGUCAAUCGGAACUCUGCUUAAAAACCUAAACUUGGCACUGACUUGACUGAAAACAAAUCACCGGUAACUCAACCGGUACUAAAAGGUAACCUCGCUUUUGCACUGCCGUUUGAUUAAAUGUAAAUAUUGCGGUGUUGUUUUUUUUCAUCAUAUGCUGCAGCGCUGAUUUGGCUUUUUUCAACAUUCACAUUUUUGAACACAUUCAUUCCAGCAGGCUGCUUUACAUUGCCGAUAAAUACAUUUCUCCUGAGAGAAUAUUACAAAUAUUCUGUCCUAGGCGUCAUUUUCACCAUCUUAAAAGAUUGAAAUUCUGCAUAUACACAUGCUUUAGUAAAAUUAUCUUUAGUAAAAUUAUAUAUUAUCACGUGAAACAAAAAUAGCUUCUUUUUCGGACUAAAAGGUGCAGCGUUUAUUAAGACGCACUGGGUUAUAAGGUGCGUUACUGCACAUUGAGUGAAGCAAACCAGUCCAACAAAUGAGUCAAACUUUAUAUUCAACAUCCAUUCAUAAGGCGCACCUGAUUAUAAAACGAGUUAUUGAGGAUUUCGAAGUGCACCUUAUCGUCCGAAAAUACGGUGCUCUACACAACACUGGAAGUGCAACAUCUUCUGUAUGCGUGAGCAAGUGUGGCUUAUUUUGAAAGGCGAGGUAUACCUUAGGCCAGGGGUGUCAAACUCAUUUUUGUCGCGGGCCGCAUUGUAGUCACAGUUUCCCUCAAAGGGCGAUUAUGACCGUCAACGCCUUAUAUUAUUUCCAGUAUAAGCUACACAGCAAACUGAUGAAUAACUAGUUUUGAAAUCAGAGAC